UCUUCAGUAUCUAAUCCCUAAAAUCACGUUUGUUCUUUUUCCAACCAGAGAGAGAACAAAAUGAAGAGAGGCAAUCGUACCACAGUGACCGAGUUUGUCCUCAUGGGAUUCACAGACCGUCCUGAGCUUCAGCUUCCCCUCUUUGUGGUGUUCCUGGUAAUUUAUCUCAUCACCCUGGUAGGAAACCUUGGCAUGAUCCUGCUCAUCAAGGUGGAUUCGAGGCUCCACACCCCCAUGUACUAUUUUCUCAGCCACCUGGCAUUCAUUGAUCUAUGUUACUCCUCUUCCAUUGGGCCUAAGAUGCUGCAGAAUUUACUGGUGAAGAAAAAGACCAUCUCCUUUUCAGGCUGUUUUGCCCAGCUCUACUUCUCCAGUGCCUUUGCCACUACUGAAUGCUUCCUCUUGGCCACGAUGGCCUAUGACCGCUACAUGGCCAUCUGCAACCCCCUGCUUUACACAGCCAUUAUGACCCAGCGUGUCUGCAGGGAGCUGGUGAUAGGGGUCUAUACUUACGGUUUCCUAAACUCUGUGAUACAGACAGUUCUGACUUUCCAGUUGUCUUUCUGCGAUUCCAACAUCAUCCACCAUUUCUACUGCGCUGACCCCCCUCUCCUGGCCCUCUCCUGCUCAGACACCCACAACAAAGAAAAGCAGCUCCUCAUCUUCUCUGCAGUGAAUCUCACUGGAUCCCUGCUGACAGUCCUCAUCUCCUACAUUUGCAUCCUCAUCUCCAUAAUAAAAAUCCAGUCUUCUGAAGGCAAGUGCAAAGCGUUUUCCACCUGUGCAUCCCACCUCACUGUGGUCAGCAUCUUCUACGGAACGCUGUUUGUCAUGUACCUGUGGCAGCCUAAAGCAGGGAAUUUGUGGAAGUACAACAAAGCGGUCUCUGUGUUUUACAGUCUUGUAAUCCCCAUGCUCAACCCCCUGAUCUAUAGCCUGAGGAACACAGAAGUGAAGGACAUCCUGAAAAAGAUGGUAGAGGGCAAGGAACCACAGUGA